AUGUACUCUCGACCAGUAUACGUGUCGCAUCUUCCGCAGACAGAAGGAAAAAGAUUCUUAUCCUGGGUCAUCAUUUUCAACUUUGCCUUGUGCCAUCACCUCAUGGCACUCCGAGCAGCGGACUACAAGGACAAACACGAAAACCUGCUUCAAGCUCUGAAACUGUACGAAGCAUUAGUUGCCUUGCCAAUGGAAGGCACUUUUCAAAUCGAGACCACCUAUUUCAUGGCCAUGAUCAACAAUUCGGCACAGAUUUACCAAAUGUUGCAUCGACCAAGACAAGCCAAGCAACACUCGGAUCAAAUGCUUUCCUUACUCAUGGUCACGAUUCAAGAAGGGGAAGCUGACACAGUGGACGGGUUUGACGGCUUUUUGCUGAAUGCCACGCGAAGAUCUCUUGCGGUCGCUGCAUGA